AUGCAUUUUCUUUUCUUUUUCUCACUUUUUAUUGUUUCUAUAACUGCCGGAAUUGUGGAUAGACGGAAACAGGAGGAUGACGAUUUGAAAUUUUCGAUUGGAACGAUAGAGCAUGGACAGAAUUAUGGAGCAAGACCUUAUUUACAAAUUCCAGUUGACGGUCAAAAGCUGACAGUACCCAAAGCCUUCUAUCACUAUUCUGAAAACGAGAUGUCUGCUGGAGCAAGCUUCGGACUUCCGGAUGAGACACGUCUUCUGGAUACAGAUGGUUUAUUUGUGAAUAAUCGGAAGGAGAUCAACGGAAUCUAUCUCCCGAUUCCAAAUAUGGAUCCGAUUAAUUUACAUUUUGUUAAUCAGAAAGUAUUCGAGAAGGGAAUUGACACUCGAGCUCACGAGGAAUCACCGGAAAGUGUAUUGCAUAGAGCGAAAAUGAUCUGUCUCACGGGCAGUGAAUUCGAAUGUGAACGACAACUUCUAAAAUACCACAGAGCGAAAAGUGAGGUGUUGAGAAGAGAAAAAAUGCCACUUCACGAACAACUGAUGGAACUGGGUCAACUCUCCUCCUCUGCCAAAAUCCAUGAUAAAGAGGGGAAUGGAAUGGGUGUUGUAGUUGGAAUGCCUGGUUACGAUCCUCUCUAUAUCGGAGCAAAUCUCGGACACGACAAUGAUCAAGAUUUAAAUAUCCGAUUCGCGCCACCAGCGUGA